AGUAGACUGCCACCAGCAUCAGAUUUCUGCGUGUAUGUGUGCGUGUGAGAGAGAGGCACUCCUUUUGCAUAGAGAGAGAAAGAGAGAGGUCCUGAAAGCUUUGGAGCAGUGAAAGAAGAGAAAAGACCUGCUGCAGUGCCAGAUUUUCAAACUCUACAAGCAAAAACAAAGUGAAAUUUUCCCCGAAGAAGUCAGUAAAGCAGCCAUGGACGGGAUAACAUUCGGACGCGCGUCGCUCCUGUGCACCUUGCUCCUUUGGGCAUUUCAAGUAUGCAGUGGAGCUGUGACUGUGAAGGUGGAUCCUAAAGUGGAGGUGUUGAAAGGAGACCCCGCCCAACUGCCCUGCACAUACACCGUCUCACCAUCAUCAAGCAGCACUAUUGUCGAAUGGUACAUUGAGGAGCAGGGAACCAGGAAGCGCGUUGCUUUCCGCCCCCAUGGUGGAGAGGGAAAAAGUGACGACGGCACUCCCCUGACAGGUCGAGUCACCAUCGGAGAGGACUUCACCCUGACCAUCUCCUCAGUUAAACCCUCUGAUGAGCUUGCUUUCUACUGCCAGGUCACCGCUGGCCCUGCUGGUGUUGGAGAUGCCGCCACUAUGCUCAAAGUCUUUUUUGCUCCUGAGAAGCCAGAACUUACAAAGCCAUCAAGUCAGGCUAUUUAUGCAGGACAAUCUACCAGCUCAGAGAUUGGAACCUGCGUGACAAUGAAUGGACAUCCCCAGCCAAGAAUCAUCUGGUACAAAGAUGACCUGCCCAUUGCAGAGGUCAAAGACAGGAAGGAGAAGACCUACAUGAUUCCCUCAGUUGUGAAGGAGGCCUCGGGUCUCUUCACCAUUAAGAGCACCCUGUACUCACAGCCCACCAAGGCAGACAAGGACUCCGUGUUCCAUUGUGUUGUUGAAUACAGCAUGCCAGGAGAGCAGAUCAAACAGAAGAAGUCCGACACCAUCACCAUCAACCUCAACUAUCCCUCUGAGAAAGCGACAUUUUCUCUACUCAACACCUCUCCAGUCAAAGAGGGUGAUAAUGUCACUAUGAAAUGUGAGACUGAUGGAAACCCUCAACCUGAGUUUGAUUUUACUAAAGAUGGAAACGCCAUCCCUGGUCAAGCUGGUCUUCUGACUCUGAAAUCUGUCAAGCGUACAGAUGCUGGACAGUACAAGUGCAUGGCGACAGAUUUUGAUAACCUGGAAGCUGACCUGAGUGGAACCAUCAACCUUGCUGUCCAUUACAUUGAUCCAGUGAAUGUGACGCCUGUCGAGCCUCAAGUUGUCAUGCUUGGAGACAAAGUGGAGUGGCAGUGUAAGACCAAGGCCUCUGACAAUCAUAUAGUUCACUGGAAAAAGGGCUCUAAGGUGCUCUCUCAGGACGGCACUCUGUCAAUAGAAGGCGUUUCUUAUGAGAACGCCGGAGAGUACAUGUGUGUUGGAGCCGUUCCAUCGGUGCCAGAUCUGACAGCCCAGGCUAGUGUCAACCUCACUGUCAAAGGAAAACCGAUGAUCGAGACUCCCGCUGUCGGAGAGGUGGGGAAGGAAGGAGACAUGGUUACUCUGAAGUGCUCGGCCUUUGGCUUCCCCAUCCCUCAGUUCGAAUGGAAGCCCUCAGGAAAGGAGUCAGUAUCAGUGGAAGGUAACAAGGCGGUAAGCACCGUGACCCUACAAGCUACUCCUGAGGUCAUGAAGGACGGUGUAACCUGCCAGGCCUCCAACAGUGAUGGAACAGAUAGCAAGACCUUCCUGAUAACUCGCAAACGAGCAAUUGACAACUCAGCCGAAGUGCUGCUCUCUGGAAACCCUGUGCUAAAGUCAGCUGACAAGCAGCAGGGAGGCUCCAGCGGGGUGGUGAUAGCUGUGGUGGUGUGUGUUCUGCUGCUCCUGCUGCUGGUGGCCCUUAUCUACUUCCUAAGCAAGAAGAGCAAGCUACCCUGCAGCAAGAAGGACAAGAAGGAAGUGGCCACUGGGGAGGUGAACAAUGAUAUUGUGGUGGAGAUGAAGACGGACAAAUCCAACGAGGAGGCCGGUCUGCUUAACAAAAAAACACAUACAGAACAGUGAUGAAAUCUGAGGAUAGAAGAAAAAUCACGGUGGAGACGAAGGGAGAAGGACAACGGUUCUGAAGACAACAGGCCUAAUUUUUGUUUUUACUACAUUAGGGGACAACAUGAGGUGGAGCAGGGAGAUGGGUGUAUUUUGGGGACAUUGGGGUGCACACCAUGUUCAGCAUUGGUUAUGUUUGUUUUGUAACAUGGAUUAGACCAGGUGGGUGGAGUUUCUUUCCUUUUUUGUAAAGAUAGUUUUUUUCAGGACUCCAUCCACCUCGUGCUACCACAGGUUUGAAACAAGACGUGCAAAACCAUAAUGUGACACUGGGGAACGUUAUUGCAGCUUCUUUUUCCAAUCACGUCUUUGGUCGACUCCUCUGCAGAAUAGAGGCGUACAGUGAGGCAUGACUGGCACUAAUUUAAACACACUGGCAGAAGGUUUCUUUUCUACCCCAGAGAAAAUGCCACUAAACCACUGUGUAAUUUUUUGGAGUGUAUGUCUGCAUUCACUGAACAUCUUUUCUCUUUUGGAGUCUGCAUUUAAAUUGUUUGCUCUCUGCUGGUAUUACUGGGGAAAAUAUAAGGCUGUUAUUCUGUUUGAUUUGCCUCAAUAACAAGUAAUGACUUUGGCUCACGAUAUUUAAUUACCAGGCUCACUGUUUGGCACACGUGCCAGUAAUGUUUUUGCUCAAAGAAGAUGUGUGUUUGCUUUAGUGCUGUUUGUUUAAUUGUAUUUUUGCCACCUUUGAAUGUUUAUGUUUUGUUUUUUGUCAGUUUCCCAAAUUAGCUUUUAUUAGCAACAGCUCAGGCAUUUAAUAUUGUCAAUCCUUUCUCUACAAUUGCUUGCCUUUUUUAAAUCCAGCUAAAAAGCCACCAAACACGCAAGCUAUUCGGUUGUACAAAUUUGUUCUCGCCAUUUCCAGCACACUUGUAUAUUAUGUGAGCACACCGAUUGUUCGCUUGUUUGCUUUCUUGUUUUCUUUGUAAGUUCAAAUACUGGUUGCCCUGUUUAUCAAGCAGGAGUACUGUGCAUGACGUGGAGUACAAGGUGUCUGCGGUUACAAGGCUGCUGGCCGUAAUUGCUACUAUUUCUUACAGAGUCUUUUGCAGCCUUUCAGUUCUCUACUCUGAGAUGGAACCGAAGGUAGACGGCUUAAAAGUGAGAAACCUUUCUUACAAGCACACCACUCAGUGGCUCUGCUCAGAAAGCCCCAUUAUCAUCAGCUCUCACUGUAAAAUUGGUGGAAUUCGGCGAAAUGUUGAACAACCUCAAACUACAGUCUGCUAUGUUUUCUCAUGACAACAAAAUGGGACUUUCAGGGGUUACAGAGCAGUAGUCGCAGAUUCACUUGUUAGGAGAAAACACUGACACACAUUUGUUCCACUUUGAACCAAGCAGGGAAGGGAAGGUAUGGGAGGGAUCAGGGCUUUUGAUGGAGUUUGUGAGUUACCUUUUAUUUUCACCAAAUGGAAGAAUUAUUAUGUAUUUAGGUACGAAUUAAUGUCAUUUUUGUUUUUAUUCCCUACAUUGCUGACAGGCCAAAAAGUUAUGAUAGCGGGUUAACACGCCCUUUUAGUUUGUUGUACACUGGAACUAAUGGCCUUGACUUUUUUAUUUUAUAAAAAAGGUCACCUCAAACCACUAUCUACGCCUAGAAGGCUGAUUUCAUUUUUCAUUGUCUGUCUGCUGAUCUUGCCAUAAACAUACUGACUGUUAGCAAGCCUGUGACAGCAGGUGAGGAUAGAUAAGUGAACCUGGAGAACUGUUUUUUGACUUGUUUUAUAUAUAUUAAAAAAAAAAGUGGUAUAAAAGUCGUUUUUAGAAAGGGGUUUCUUAAUUUUCAAACUACUGAUUUAUUUUUCCCAUGCUUUUCCACUUGCUAAGAGAAGAGAGUUGUUUUUUUAGAUUCUUUUUUUAAUGAGAUAUUCUCAGUGCUUUAAUUCUCUCUCUCUGUAUGGUAUACUGUAUAUUUUGUGGUACACUGUUUGUGACUUCUGUGGUGUGUUGAUGUAUCUUUUUAUUUUGUUCCAGCUGUGUAGAAUUUAUAAUGAAAUAACUCAAGAAAACCAA